CAAAGCCAUGAAAAACACUGGAAGAGGUACCUCACUGAAGAUGGUAAGUUGUGUGUAGUAAAAUGGUACGACAACAAGCCAGUAUUGAUGAUGUCUGUUGUUCAUGGUACACAGCCUGAAGACACCUGCCAGCGCUGGGACAAGAAGCUAAAAGAAUAUGUCACUGUGUCACGACCAAGCAUUGUCCGUGAGUACAACAUCAAGAUGGGUGGAGUUGACUUGAUGGACAGAAUGAUCAGUUAUUAUCGCAUGAGCACCCGUACUAAGAAGUGGACAAUGCGGAUGCUAAUGCACUUUACAGAUCUGGCUUUAGCCAACAGCUGGCUACUCUACCGCAAAGACCAUGCAAUAUGUGCUGGACCAAGGACAAGACCCAUCCAGUUCCUUCAGUUCCGUAUGGAAGUGGCAAAGAGCCUCUUGGCCCAGCAUCACGGUGCAGAUGCAGACCUAUCAGAAGAAUCAGAGGAAGAAGAUUCAAAUCAAGGGGUAAAACGUCAUGUGACAGAGUUGCCCCAUGUCUCGGUCCGCAGGAGGGCUAAUGCCCACCUCCCAGAGAUGAUCAGCCUGAAGAAUGCUAUGCGCUGCAGACAACCAGGCUGCACUGGAAGAACCAGAGUGCGUUGUGUGACCUGCAAAGUGUUCUUGUGCUUGCAAAUUGAACACAACUGUUACUCUGACUUUCACACAUACACACAUACAUACACGUACACACAGCUGAUGGCAGUGAUUCUCGAGGUGUGUACAUGUUCCUACAGUCUACAUGUACUCUUUGUGACAUAAUUACUGUGUGUGUGUGUGUGUGUGUGUGGAUGGGUGGGUGAGUGUGAGCGUGUGUACUAGUCACAUUCCUCCUCCAACUCCUCUCUUCUCAGAUUCUGUGAAGGUCAUCAGGUCCUUCUGUCCUCAGUGAUCACAGCCUCUUUUUUUUACAUUACAAAUACAAAAUGUCACAUGAGCCAUACUGUAACUGUGACUGUCAAAAAGGGGUAAAAAUGUGUUUUGUUUUUUCACUAUGAUAUGUUUUCAUUUUGUUGUUGUUUUUACUUGUUCAAAUGUUCAAAACACAUUAGUAGCCUGAUGCAAGCGUUACAAUUAUUAUUUGAAUGUUUUAUAUCAGUAGUUUUAACUGUCCAAAAGGGGCAAAAAUGCAAUGUUUCCAUGUUGUUUUUACUCACCGAUAUUCAAAACAUGUUCAAAAAUGUGUGUGUAUGUGUUAUUAAUACAUGCAAAAGCAGUCAAGAAAAAAAAAACUCCUGUUUUCAAGGUGGAAAUAAAAGAGUUUUUCACUCAAUUACACAAAGAUGACUUUUGAAUUGCAUUUUAUGGAAUAUGUGGACAUUAUUUUUCUCUAAAAGUACAUCAUAUAAAAAGAUGAUGCUUAGUUUUUAUUCUAAUUAGGUUCCAAUAAGCCCAAAUAGCAAAGAGGAAUAAAAAAUAUGUAAAAAAAAAAACAGCUUGGGCCUUAGGAGGUUAAGUAAGGGAUAAUGUACAGUAAUCCUGUCAUUGUUGUCAAAUAAACCAGUAGAGUGAUGGAGGACCCCUGAAGGCAUGUGAUUCACUGUAAUGACCAGCUCGCUGUACAUUAUACGCUAUAUACUUCUAGGUACCAAAGGAACCAGUGAUUUGACACAAAACAGAAACCCGAUAAGGUGUUAUCAUGAUUUUGAUAAAAACUUUCCCUGUACUGGUUUGGAAAAAUGCAGAAAUCAGUUUGGGAGCUUGGGUAAAACUUUGAAAGGGGGAUGCAGGAUUUGGCACUAGUUCCAAACUUUUACUGAAUGAAGAAGUGGCAGCCUACUUUAUCUCUGUUUCUGAUGAAUACCUGUGUUGUAUGUUGGUUUGUCUUGACUUUGU